GUCCUUCCAGCUGAGUGUCUCAGAGGGUCUGAGGAUGUGAUGAGAGCACGUAGCGAGAACACGGCUCCUAUGGACACACACUGUCUAAUGGACUAACGAUAACGUUAACAUUGGUUGUGAAGGCUCCUGCUGCAGUCCCAGUGGAAUAAAAGCAGCCUGGUGAAUAUUUGGUGACUUCACCUGCUCUACCAAGAUGGGGAACGGAUCAUCCGAUCAUCACUCCCUCUUCCCCUGCCUGCCCUCCUUCCAGGCUCUCCACAUUGUCAUUCUAGGACUGGACUGUGCAGGCAAGACCACUGUACUGUAUCGCCUGCGUUUCAACGAGUUUGUGAACACUGUCCCAACAAAGGGUUUUAACACUGAGAAGAUUAAAGUGUCACUCGGAGGUAACCGACGGACAGCGUCCUUCCACUUCUGGGAUGUAGGUGGUCAGGAGAAGCUGCGCCCUCUGUGGCGCUCUUACACACGUUGCGCUGAUGGCAUCGUGUUCGUGGUGGACUCGGUGGAUGCUGAGCGCAUUGAGGAGGCCAAGACGGAGCUGCACAAGAUCACACGGCUGGCAGAGAACCAGGGAGUGCCAGUUCUGGUGGUGGCUAACAAACAGGACCUGAGGAACUCACUCAGCCUGGCUGAGAUGGAGAGCACGCUGGCUCUAGGCGAGCUCACCACCGCCACACCCUGGCACCUUCAACCUGCGUGUGCUAUCAUCGGUGAGGGACUGCAGGAAGGUCUGGAGAAGCUGCACACCAUGAUCAUGAAGAGGAGAAAGAUGCUGCGGCAACAGAAAAAGAAGAGAUGAUGUGCUUCUAACAGUGGGAACUAUACAAUGUGAGCUGGAUCUAAAGCUACAUGAGAGCUGCGUGUGAUCUUCUGGUCCAUUGUGAGCAGUCACUUACUGCCCUUUGAAGUCUGAUUGGCUGAGUUUGAUCCCUCCAGUGGAACUGUUUGUUCAGGUCAGUUUGGCUCCCACAGAGGAACGUGGGAUUGAUUUUGUCCCAUGGACUUUGGAUGCCAACAAUCCUGUUAUUAAUCAAGGAAGUCCAGUAUUAUGCUAUACAGCAGCAAAAACAAUGAAGUUUACACAAUGAGCUCUGACCUGCUUGUGUUAUGUUACUUGUUUAAAUGUGCGUUGCUACCAAAGCUUGUGUUAGAGCAAAUCAACCAACGCUGCAUAUGUCCGUAUAGGGACAAGUAUUUUGUAUCCGUGUUGCACAAUGGGGGUUUGGUCAAGAAGUUUACAUGCAGAGUAAUGAUUCACUAAGAACAGGAUGCACAAUGACCCUUAAACAUGUAAAAGCUGUUCAGCAUGGCUGUUAAUGAUGGAAACUAUUAUUUAGUUGUUAGUCCCUUCCUUCCUGUGGCCAGAUGUUGACACACCACAAGCCGAGACGUCCUGAGCACAGCCACACUGAGCACAUGUCAGUCCAUCUGAAACCCUGUUGUUGGUUUCAAUCCUUCUGAAUGAAAAAGGGUGCGGUCUUCUUUCCAGAACCAUCGUUUUAUACCAUCAGGAAGAUGUCCGUCCUGACAGUAGCCUCAAAGGACCAGCAUGCAGUGCAGACACGUACUGUGUGUUGAGAUCAGGGCAUGGCUGAAUGUUUCUCUAAGACGGAUUUGGAUCAUUGUCGUAGUAAUUAAUGCAUUACCUCUACUUCACCUGUUCCACUGUAAUUUGGUAAAAUUAGAUGAAUAAUUAAGCCUAGACCAAUAAAUCUGCCUGGCCGAUCAUAUAUCGGAUAUUAGGAUAUUAGCUAAUCGCAGCUAUAUCAGUGUCAGUGUAUUUUUUGAGCCCAAAAACAAUGUCAGUACAGAAAUGCCAAAGAUAGGAUUUUAUUAAGUUAUAGAAAACAUAAAAUAUUUGUUUAUGUUUAAAUCAUCAAAGUCUCCCAAUCUUCAUUCUUGUUACCGGGGAGCUUACGAGCUGGUUAACAUCUGGUGACGGUAUGUUAGCUUGCUAAUAUGGCUGGUAUGACUAGUGCUAAUACAAUAAGUGAGUUUCAGCAGUAGAGCAUUUGAUCAAAGAAUAAGUAAACAAGAUUACACAUUUGACAAGACAUUCAAACAUUUCAGUGCCAACAUAGCAUUGAAGUUCCAUGCCCAGCCUUACUUGCUAGGUACUGUAAUAAAUGUUGGUGCUGCACUGUUUUGAAAGGAUUUUAUAACUGUUUGUAUCAUCCGCAAUGCACUUUGAACUUGUAAUGUUAGCUUAGAGAGCUAACAUUACUUCACUGGCCCUUAUAGCGAGCUAACAUUCCAUAGCUGACUUUAUUAGCUCUUUUUUCAGGUAUUUACCAGGAAAUAAAAGCUGACAUGUUUUGAGAGUUCAGCAAAAAUGAAAGAAUUCCUCUGUUGCUGUUCCAAAAGUUUCGAAGGGGUCUGUAUGCAAUGCAUCAUUUCCUGUGAUAAAAGGUUUCGUCUUUCGCUUCUUAGCUCUGAGCCAAUGGAGGGAAAUACACCAAAGAAGGAAUCAGUAGGAAUAUUCCUUGGCUGCCUGUUGAGCUCCGUCCUCAGAGACUGAUCACAUCGUAUCUGACCACACAGCUGACAUCUGAAGGCACUUAAAUCCUCCUUUUACUUUCAAAAGGACUCGGACAGAAUUCUGCAGGACCUUGAAACUUGAAGAUGUGAGAUGUUGCUUGUGUUUUUUUUAUAUAUAUAUAUAUUAUAUAUAUUAAUAUAUAUAUAUUUUAUAUA